AUGAACCCAAGGAUGGAUCUUAGCCACGUCGAAUCUCGUCGCACAGAGGAUUCGAGUACCUAUGAGAAGCCCGCUCACGAGCAAGAUCUUGCAAAGCUCGAUACCAUACAAGAGGUACUCAUAUCAGACCUCGGUCUUGCGACGUACUUGCUGACAACAUCUCAGGACCAAGCUGUUGGUUACAAGCAAUAUCGGGAAGCCCUUGACAUCGAGGUCUCAAACCGUGAGAAUCGCAAAUUGCGCUUGAAGAUCGAUCUCAUCAUACUGCCGAUAUUCUUUAUCACCCAAGGUCUACAAUUUCUCGACAAGACAGCGCUGAACUAUGCAAACCUUUUCGGAUACCAGAAGGCCUUGGGUCUCAAAGGACUGCAGUUCAAUUAUUUGUCCGCGAUGGUGUAUGUUGGCUAUUUCCUCGGCCAGUAUCCUUGCGGAUGGUUGAUCGGACGCUUCCCGGCCCAGCGAGUGCUCGCAGUCUCUUGUCUCCUCUGGGGUAUCAUGGUUCUCAUCAUGACACAGUGUCGAAGCUUCGGAAGUGCUCUGGCCGUAAGGUUUUUCAUGGGCAUCUUCGAGGCGGCCGUGACUCCCGGCCUCACGCUUAUGACUGGCUUCUGGUACACGCGUAACGAGAUUCCACUCCGCCAGUGCAUUUGGUAUUCCUCGCUAGGCGUGGCUGGCAUUAUUGGGUCCUACAUUUCCAUGGGCAUCUCGAAGCUCAAUCCCAACAUGAAGCCUGAGUGGUGGGAGCUGAUCUUCUUCAUCCUUGGUGGUGCAACGUGCCUGUGGGCAUUUUUCAUCUACUUCGCCCUACCUGAUGCUCCUUCAAACGCCGGCUUCCUCAACGACCGCGAAAAGCUAGUUGCCGUCAAGCGUGUAUCCGCUAACGAGACUGGUAUCAAAAAUAAAGCUUUCAACAGAAGGCAAGCCAUGCUGUCGCUGUACGACCUGAAGACAAUAUUGGUCUUCAUUGCAGUCUUCGCAGCAGCUAUCCCGAAUGGUGUGGUCAACUCAUUCUCAACCAUCAUCAUAAAGGACAUGGGCUUCUCGACCACAAGAACCACGGAGCUCAAGUCUGUUGGUGACGCGGUCCAAGUCAUAGCGCUAAUCAUCGGCGGUGCCAUCACGCUCAACGUACCAAACUCUCGUUUGUUGACCGCUACUACUGCCAAUCUGCUUUGUACCAUUGCUGCUGCAUGUAUGGCAUAUCUGCCACGCAGCAACACCUGGGGCAGGCUGGUAAGCUUUUGGCUUGUCAAUGCCCAGAGUGUUGGCUUUACCAUCUCUCUUGUCACCAUCUCCUCGAAUAUGGGCGGCUAUACACAUCGUGCCAUGGCUAGUGGCCUUGUCUUUACUGCCUACUGCUGGGGCAAUUUCGCUGGUCCUUUUGUGGUCAAGCCAUCACAGGCUCCAAGAUAUGAAGGAGCAACCAUCGGCUUAUUGGUCGGUUACGCAAUCAAGUUGGCUUGUCACUUCUUGUUGCUUGUCUAUAUGUACAUGUCGAACCGCAGGCGUGACAAGACAUACGGGCCUGCUGACAAGUCAGCGAGUAAUGAGGCCGGUAUGCAAGAUCAGACGGAGUUCGAGAACAAGAACUUCCGUUACGUUUUGUAG